AUGGACAGUUUCCUUCACAUAAAGGAAGAACUGGAGCCCCAUGGGAUCCCCUCCUCCUGCAGCUUCAGCACUGGAACCCCUUGCCCUUAUUGGGUCCUGUUGGCUGGGGAUCUGGAGGGUCCCACAGGACCUGCCCCAAAGCAUGCUGUAGGCCUCGGGCUCACCCUGAGUACUUCCCUACUGGACUUCUACAUGAAUCCUAUGGGUGAUACUGAGCUCAUUCUGCCAGUUGUCCAUGCUCAUGUGUGCUCAGUGGCUGGCCCCAUGUCUAAGCCAUCUCUCCCUUCUGCAGGGAUCGACUACAAGACCACCACCAUCCUGCUGGACGGCCGGCGGGUCAAGUUGCAGCUCUGGGAUACGUCGGGGCAGGGAAGAUUUUGUACCAUAUUCCGCUCCUACUCUCGGGGUGCACAGGGUGUGAUCCUAGUCUAUGACAUCGCAAACCGCUGGUCUUUUGAUGGCAUCGAUCGAUGGAUUAAGGAGAUUGAUGAGCAUGCCCCUGGUGUCCCUAAAAUCCUGGUGGGGAAUCGCCUACAUCUGGCAUUCAAGCGGCAGGUGCCCACAGAGCAGGCCCAGGCCUACGCUGAGCGCCUGGGCGUGACCUUCUUUGAGGUCAGCCCUCUGUGUAAUUUCAACAUCACGGAGUCCUUCAUGGAGCUGGCCAGGAUCGUGCUGCUGCGGCAUGGGAUGGACCGGCUCUGGAAGCCAAGCAAGGUACUGAGUUUGCAAGACCUCUGCUGCCGCGCCGUAGUGUCCUGCACGCCCGUGCACCUGGUGGACAAACUCCCACUCCCCAUUGCCUUAAGAAGCCACCUCAAGUCGUUCUCGAUGGCCAAUGGCCUGAACGCCAGGAUGAUGCACGGCCGCUCCUACUCUCUCACCACCAGCUCUACCCACAAGAGGAGCAGCCUCCGCAAAGUCAAGAUCGCCCGCCCACCCCAGAGCCCACCCAAAAACUGCACCAGAAACAACUGCAAAAUCUCAUAGGGAAGGCAUGGAAUCUCUCCAGGAGAAGAUGGAAGAUGUACUCUAGAUCGAAGAAAAACAUUUGCAGUAUCUCAUGGUGACAGUGCUGCUUGGGAAUACGUGUACCACCUUCCAUGCAGUGAAAACACACUACAUGCUUGACUUUGAAUUUCUAUGUGGAUGUGCAUGAAGUUCUUAUUUUAGACAUGUGUUUAUAAAGGGAAAAUUAGUACUCUGCUCAACUCCUGAUAACAUGAAAUUCUGAAUGUUACUUAUGUCAUGAUUGCACUGAAACUUUUUCCUUAAAAUAACUGCUUUUGUAAGAAUGGUGAUAUGUGAGUGAUGCAUAUAAAUUCAAGCAAUGACAGUAAUUUACAGUCACCAAUAUUACAAGAGGGGCCUUUUUGUAAACCUCCUUUUUCAUGUCAAAGCACCAAUUUAUAAACUGCUGCAGAUGCAUUUAGAGAUUAUGCACAACAGAUCCGUCCCGUUUGUGUAUGAAAUGGAUUUGAUAAAGUUUUUGCUAUGUUAUUUACUACAUUUUGGGAUUAAUAAGUGAUUUAUAUGCAUAUUUUUCUGUAAAUCUACUUUUUUUGUACAAGAUGUUCUACAAGUCAUGAUGCUAAGGGAAGAAAAUGCCAAAGAUACCUCUAGUUAUGUUGAAUAGAGCCAACAUGGUUUCAACAGAUCAGCAAGGAGAAAGCCGUUUCAGUAAGGAAGUAAAAGCACUUAUUUAAGAAAAUUGUUUCUCAACAAUAAAACGUAUCCUUGUUUCUCUCUUGGUA